AUCAGUUAUUUAUAUCUCUAUUGAUUCAAAUGGAUAUAAAGGUUCAAAUUAUGCUGAGCAUAAUUAUCCACCAAAUUAUCAUCAUACUAAACGUUUAUUAGUAUUACAAAAAGUUAAAGACAGAGUGUUAUUAGAACCUACACCAGUUACACGAAUAAUAGAAGAUGAAUAUAUAAAAAACAAUUUGAACAAUGAAGAUCGAUGUCACUUUUUAUUACCACAAGCACAAGCUUCUAGAUUUUACAAGAUUCGCGCAAAAUUAUUGCCACCUAAUCCAAAAUCAUUAGAUUUUGAAGUUCCUGCUUCAUAUUCAACAACACACGAAGGGGAAAAUUUUUUACUUUAUGAUUCAGCACAUAAAAAAUUAGGCGGACGAUUAAUGAUUUUUUCCACCAAAUAUUUAAUUCAAAUGCUAUGUAGUUGUGAUGUGAUGCUGCUCGAUGGUACGUUUAAAAUACGUCCAAGUAUGUUCUCCCAGGUAUAUGUGAUAAUGGGUCAACAUCUCGACGAAGCUAUUCCAUUAGUAUGGUGUCUUACACCAAAAAGAACCCAAGAGGUUUACAAGAAAAUAUUUAAAGUUUUACAAAGAAAAUCAAUGGAUUAUGGUUUUAAUUUUGAACCAAAAUCUGCUUAUUUAGAUUUUGAAAUAGGAACAAUUAAUGCAUUAGAAAAAAUAUUUCCUAAUAUUUCGAUUCAUGGUUGUUGGUAUCAUUAUAUCCAAAGUAUAUAUAGAAAUAUUCGAAAAACUGGUUUAUCAACUUUGUAUGAACAAGCUAAAAUUUGGUUAAAGUGUUUUAUGGCAUUACCAUUAGUAAGAAAUACUGUAGUUGGUGCUGCUAUUGAUUAUUUAAUUGAUAAUCCACCUUUAUCUCAUAUGUUAUUAAUUGAAUUUAAUGAAUAUUUUCGAAAACAAUGGAUUGAUCGUAUACCAGUAAAGUAUUGGAAUUUAGGACCUAUCCACCUUAGAUGUAACAAUAGUGUCGAAGGUAACGUAUAUUUUGUAGAUGUAAUUAAAAACAAAAACAAAAUAUUAUUUACAAGUAACAAUGACUAUAUAUUUUUUUUAUUAAUAUUUAGGAUACAAUAAUCGUUUACAACACCGAUUUGGUGCACAUCCACAGUUGUGGUCUUUUUUCUACUUUCUCAAAGGUGAAAAAGC